UCUUAUUCCUCGAAGGCCAGUUCCCGGUUGGCUUAUAUAUACGGGGGUGUGGGAGCCGGGAAGCCAGUCGACGUCCAACCACGGUGCGGGGCAGUACGUCAAGGACCGCCUUCUCUUCCGCUUGACUAUAAACAGUUGAGUUGGCCAUUUUUUGUGACGACGAUGGCUGCCACUGCCACCGGUUACAACAACUGGCUCAACAGUCUACGGACCGACUACGCUCGCACCAUCGAGAGACGCAGGCUCGAUGAAGCCGAGGCUGAAAAACCACCCACUUCUGCCAACAAAGUUGACCGUCUCCACUGGUAUAUCAAGGACAAUGCUAAAACCCACAAAACUAUCAAGUUUGAUCUUGUGCAUGACCAAAAGGCAGCCAAGCCAGUGCUUCGCCGAGGACAAGCAUUCUACCUGGCCAUCAGGUUCCACAAUGACUUUGAUGUUACCAAGGACCGUGUUAUCCUCAACUUCAAAUUUGGACAUAAACCAGCAGUUCAGAAGGGUACAAUGGCUGUAAUUGUUGUUGAGAAUGACAAGUUUACAAAGACCAAGAGCGACUGGGAUUGUCGCAUUGACCCUGGCAGUCGUGGCAAAGAUCUCGUGUUGCAGGUCUACAUUCCAGCAGCUGCCAUGGUAGGCAUAUGGCAUUUGGAUAUUCGUAGUGGCCUCCAGGACUUGAGCCAGGGCCGAGCAAUGAACCUCUACAGUGAUGAUACCGACUGCUUUGUUCUCUUCAAUCCUUGGUGCAAAGAUGAUGCUGUAUACCUUGAUGAUGAAACGAAGAGGGAGGAGUAUGUGAUAAACGACAAGGGUAAAGUGUACGUAGGUGCUUAUAAAAAGUCCCGAGGACGUCCGUGGGCAUAUGGUCAGUUUGAUGACGUGGUUCUUCCUGUUGCCGUCUACAUCCUGGAACUAAGUCGUGUUGCCGAUUCUGAACGUGGCAACCCAGUCCAGGUUGUGCGAGGGGUUUCUGCAGGAGUCAAUGACACUGACGAGGAAGGAAUUUUACAAGGACGAUGGGAUGGGGAGUACAGUGAUGGUGUCGCCCCAUUCAAAUGGACUGGUAGUGUUAGAAUCUUGGAAGAUUUUGUGAAAAAUGGAUAUAAGCCCGUUAAAUAUGGACAAUGUUGGGUCUUUUCUGCUGUUGUCACUACAAUUUGUAGAGCUUUGGGAAUCCCUUGCCGAUCCGUCACCAAUUUUGUUUCUGCUCAUGACACCAAUUCUUCCCUCACUAUUGACAAGUUCUUUAACAAAGAGGGAAAAGAGAUUGAAGGUGGACCUGAUCAGGAUAAUUAUGAUUCCAUUUGGAAUUUCCAUGUGUGGAAUGAUGUGUGGAUGGCUCGAAAUGACCUUCCACCAGGCUACGGAGGUUGGCAGGCAAUUGAUGCCACACCUCAGGAAGCAAGCGAUCACAAGAUGCAGUGUGGACCAGUUUCAUUACAGGCCAUCAGACGAGGUGACAUUGGUCUGAAUUACGAUGCCCCAUUUGUGUUUGCUGAAGUAAAUGCUGAUGUAAUGCAUUGGGGUGAGGACCCAAAUAGUAACUGGGGAUGGAGCAGGAUGAAGAUGAACCAGUACCACAUUGGACGUCAGAUCCUGACCAAGUGUCCUGGUGUGGAGGAUGAUGUUGGGGACAAGGACCAAGAAGAUGUAUUAAGUGAUUACAAGAAUGAAGAGGGCACUGAAGCAGAGCGUCUGGCCGUCCACAAUGCUAUCCGUGGAUCAAACAGAGCUCAGCAAUACUACGACUAUAAGAAGGAUAUAAAAGAGGAUGUUUUCUUUGAUUUGAUAGAGAUUGACAAAAUCUCAAUUGGUGACCAAUUCCAGGUCAAGGUUGUGAUCCGCAAUGAUUCUGAUUCGACAAGAAAAGUCAGUGCCUAUCUCUCCGCCCAGUCCAUUUAUUACACUGGUGUAAAUGUUUCUCUCAUUAAGAAAGCUGAGGGAACCUUUGUUCUGCAGCCUCAAGAAUCACGGGAUGUGGCAUUGACUGUGAAGUAUAAUGAGUACUGGAAGAAGUUGGUAGAACAGUGCAUGGUGAAGAUUUAUGCUAUCUGCCGUGUACAAGAGACUGGUCAGACCUGGACUGAGGAGGAUGACUUCCAGAUAGAGAAGCCCAAGCUGCAGAUUGAGACUGCUGAAGAUGUAAUAGUGCGUAAGCAGUGUGAAGCCACGUUCUCCUUCACAAACCCACUAGACGUUCCCCUUACUGAAGGCCAACUCAGUGUGGAUGGUGCUGGGCUAAUGCGACCAAGAGUAAUCAAAAUUGAGAAUGAUGUGCCAGCUAAGGGAUUGUUCACCCACACUAUCAACUUCCUACCACGUAUUCAUGGAGAGCGCAAGAUUAUUGCUUCUUUCAACUCCAAGGAACUCUUUGACAUUGCUGGUGCCAAGUCAGUCAUUGUCCAGAAACCACCACAAUAAAAUGUUCUUGAUAAAAUAGGAUGUAAUCUGGAAUGAGGGCCAAAUUAAGGCAGCUGAGUAGCUUUAAGGUUAGUUUCUUGUGUUGGAAAUGAUCAGAAGAAUAACUUGGUAAUCCAGCUCACACACAUGAAAAGGUGACAGUAAGUAAUUAUCAAAAAGAAGGCACCAAACCGGGAAGGCUAUGUAAGAAGGUGACAGUGUUUCAGUCUGUCCUGGAUCCUUAAUAAGUCACAAUAUGACUCAAUAAGGGUUCAGGAUGAACCAAAACAUUGUAAAUUUUCAUCCGAUUCAUGUGUGUGUGCGAGUGUGUUUUUGGUAACAUUUUCUGCCAUAUUAUUGUGACUUAGUUAUCAAGACAUUUACUGUUUAAAGUACUUUUAAGUUGGUGAUUACUUAAAUUAGAACUUGGAUACUGUGUUUAUUUCUUAUUCAAGUAGAGUACAAUAUUCAUAAUGGGAAAAUAAAUUUAAGGACACUAAAGACGGAGUGGUUAGUGCAUUGGGCUCUCAACCAGGCAGGGCAUGAUGUUCAGCCAGGCUAUCUUACACCUAAUACACCUGUUCACCCAGCAGCAAAUAGGUACCAAGUUGACUAUUGAGGGUUGCAUUCUUGGAAAGGUCAGUCGUUGACUAGUGGAUCUCAAUAAAAAGCGUAACAGGUUUCCUUUUCAUAAAGAAGGGAAACUACAUUGUUGUAAAUCAUACAUGAUUUCCAAUAAAAAUUUAGUGUAUUAUGAUCUAAAUAAUGGGUGAAUUACUUGCCAGUCUCUUUUGUAACUUAAGAACGAGAGAGCCAACUUGAGAGAAUGAAAUUAGUACAAGUUACUAACUGAGAGACACUAACACUGGUGGCCUUGACGAGGACAGGAAGCGAAUUAUGCAUUAGAAAGCUUUUCCAUUACUUAGAGUUAUUUUUACAGUUAUUCUUUUUUGCAGCUAUUAACAUAAAGUAAUUGAUUUAAAAUAUUUAUUAUGUAAUCUACAAUGCAAUUUGGUGAAUAAUUUUAUUUGUCUUUUACAUAAACAAAUUUAAAUCAUUUAUUAUGUUAUGUCAUUUACAAGUUGUGAAAUGAAAUUAUCUAAAAUUUUUUGGCUUAUAUACCUGCUUAAAAGUGGCUUUUAAAAGCUUUUUAUUAUCUAUAUGCCUUUUACCGCUUGACUAAGUUGUAUAUGAAGACCAACUUUAAAACAGGCAAUUAACUUAAAUUCUCUUCACAUGUAAUAUGCUUAAAACUGUUUGCAAUAGCAUUAGUACUUUUGAGUAUAUAAAUACUAACACAUGCAGUAUAUGUAUCUUUAGCAUUUGCUGUGAAUUAAGAGAAAUUUAGUUUUUUGUAGAUUGCAUUCAUGAAGUAUUCUAGCCAGGAAGUUCAAGUAUUUUAAUUAUAUUGAUGCAAUGCUUAUGAACAGAACAUAAAAGCAUUGGCAAAUUAUUGAGUUAAGAACACAAAGUAAAUUAAAUCUAUCAUUUCAUAUACUGUAAAGUAAAUGUUGUCUAUCUUAGUAUAGACAACAUAACCUAGAGUGGCAUAGUGGUCAGCACCGAUGGCUCUGAACCGCAUGUUUUCGAGAUCAAUUCUUGUGCAGGACGACAUUUUUCGGAACAUUUCCCUAUAUCUGAUGCAGCUGUUCACCUAGCAGUAAAUAGGUACCUGGGAAUAAGGCAACUGUUGUGGGAUGCAUCCUGGGGCCAUGUCAGUUGUUGGCCUUGGGGGACCUUGAUAGGCUUUGCAGGCUUCUUGUCCCCACACAAUGGGGGAAACUAUAUUUGUUCCCAAUUUUUUGGUGCUUGUCUGUGUUCAUUCUUGAAUUAAAAUUGUGUUUUUUAGUCAAAAUUGUUAAGUUUAGAAUUGUUGCCAUCUGAAUGACUUCAGAUUGUAAUUAGAACGAAAGAUUCUAUUUAAGAAGAAGAUACUGUACAUUUGAUAUUUUUGUAUAAUAUUUUGCAAAACCAAUUUGUUUUAAUGGUAAAAUAUUUACAUAUACUGUAACCAUUUGUUUUUGUUUUAGUAAAACAAAAAUUAAAGUAUUAGUGUUUUGAGUACUCACAGAAAAUAUUGAAAAUAUGAUACUAAUUUAGUUAUCUGUAUCUGUUUAGUUAAUUUAGUAUCUGUUAAUAAAAUAUAAUUGUAACAUUAAUAUAUUAUUGUUCAAUACAGUACAGUACACAUUUAUCCUAAACCAAUUUAUGUAACAAUUUUAUUAAUGAGUGUUUACAGUAUAUUUGUAGUCAUACCAUAUAUUUUUUCUUGCAAAUGGUGUAUGCAUUUCAAUAAAGAUAUUACAAAAC